AUGCUCGUCAAUAAUGCGUAUGUGAAUCGCAAUCCCGAGUACGUGGGCGUCGAGGUCCAAAUUGGCAUCGUGCCAACUAUUGUCGCUGUGGUCCCGUUGGUCUAUCACGUUCCGACGGUUUACGUGACUGGGAGCAUCCUCACUGUCUUAUAUUCGAAUGCUAUCAAAAAGAAAGACUCCACUCUCAAUUCUCAUUUCGUGUUGGCCAUCGUUUUGCAUCAGUUCUCGGUGCCCCCCGACUCAUUAAUACGAUUUUCAAUAUUGUCCCGUUCCAGACGUUCUGUUUCAUGCUCACCGACUACCUGACCUAUCGAAUUCCGGUCACUGGGAUAUUGACGGAAUGGUGUGCAUCCCAGGAUCCGGGUCAUUUGAUAAAAGUGAUAUUCUGGGCGACCACCUAUUUUUUCCUGCUCACCAACGAUUUUCCGUUUCUCAUGGCGGUCCUCAGAUUGGUUUUGACGUAUUAUCCGACUACUUGUGACAAGGUAUACUCAUUGCACAGUCUGAAUGUCCUAAAGCCACAUGACCAGCUGAACUAUUCGAAAUGCUAGUGAAAAGGGAAUCAUUAGUGCUACACUUGACGACGCAAUGAAAACAAAAAAAGUUCGGAAAGUUGUUUCGAGAAUCAGCAGCGGUCGGGCUUUUCCUAAAAUCGAAAAUGUUAUUCGAAAAGGACUAGCGAAAAAAGUGUGAAUUGGCAUAGAAUUUAGUGAAAUUCAAACGUUUUUCUAGUCCUGACCGUGUUUUCUAAUGUUUCAGUGUGUCUUUUUGAAACAGGGCCCGGCCCGUCCGUUUCACGUCUGGUUUCCGAUGUCUCCAAUCGAAUUCGUGUUCAGAUCAACAGAAAUAUCAUCCGCUUCUCGAUCCCAUUCAUCCUUUUCUCCCCGUUCGCCUUCACGUGGAUCCUGUUCCCGGCUCUCGGAGUCUGCCGGCAAGCUCCGUCGCCCUUCUCGUUCGGAUCCAUUUACUUGCAUUUCAUCGACUCGUGGCAUGGUGUGAGUUUCUUCUCUCAUAGGUUUUCCCACAGAACUAUUAUAGCUCAAAGUGUUUGCAUGGUCAUUCGUCAAUUGCAUCUUCAUGUGCAUCGCCUCAAUUAUUGCCAAUGCGAUUCUCUACCGAGAGUUAAGAAGAUUGGGCACGAAUCAACGACAGAGCAAAAGGCUCCAGAAAGCCGAACUAACCCUCACUCUCACUUCGAUUUCCAUGCUCAUUUGCUACCUUUCACAUACUAUAUUUCUGGUAAUAUCACUCAUAAAACCCUGUGCACUUUUCCUGUUCAGGUCAUGUUCGGCUUCUUCCCCGCCUACACGCCCUACGUGUCGAUGCUCCGUUCGUUCGCCAGCGACCUGGACACCGUCGCCAUUCCGUGGAUCUUCUUUUUGGUGCAUCCGGCGUUCCGGGAGCACACAAACUCUUUCAAAAAGUGUCUGUUCGGUGCGAUGCCCUCAAAAGUGGAGGCCCGCAGAGGCGCCACGUUUUGA